CAGCUGUCAGUCUGAUGGUAACAGCCUCCAUGAUGGAGUCCUAGUGUCUGGGAUUGCUCCAGAGGGUUGCCCACUACAGAGGAGGAAGAAUGAAUAGAAUUAACAUUGACCCAUCAGUUUGGUUUAGAUUACCAGUGAAUAAAGAUGAUGCACAAGGUUACUUCGAUUUGAUUCAGCACCCAAUGGAUUUUUCAACCAUCCAAGGGAAAAUAAAGAAAAAAGCUACCAGAACUGGCUGGGAUAUCGGAAUGUAUAGGCGUGCACAGAAAGAGGCGAAACUUGACAUUGCACAUGCCAGUGCCAUGAAAAUGGUGCAAAGCCAGGUUGAGAAGCUUGAUGAUGACAUCAGGGAAAAGGAAGAGUGUAUUCGUGAUUUGACUGCUGAGAUCGAAUGGAAGGAAAGACUUGAGAGCUGA